GCCAGGCAGACAAGAACGUGAGCUGUCGACGAUCUCUAAAACUGAAUGGCUCUCAUAUCUUCCCGAUGACUGUGCUCUGAUGUGGCGUGCUAGUGUGGGGAUUCUCCUCUCAUCGUCUAUAUAAAGCUGCUCUUCCUCCCACUCUUGCUCAACACAGCUCAAGAUGGUUUCUACACUGGUCCUAUCUUCAGUGCUCCUGCAGUCCAUUGCAGUCAAUGCUUUCCCAAACAUGGCCAAGCGCAUGGCAGAAGGUGCCGAGAAGCGCCAGGCAGUUCCUCAAAUUGUACCCUUCCCAGAGUACCCUGGUCUGCCAGGACACGCACUCUUCAACCAAUUCUCGGAAUCCCAACUCGUUUCGACCACCGGAGAACACGCCUUCAUUGCGCCUGGACCUGGCGACAUCCGAGGACCUUGCCCUGGUCUCAAUGCUGCCGCAAAUCACGGAUACCUUCCCCGCGACGGUAUUGCAACAUUCGCAACAUUGAACACCGGUCUUUGGGAGGCAUUCGGCCUUGACCAGACUGCGACUCAGGUUCUCCAGCAAACUACUACUUUCUUCGAUGGUGACCCUCUCAGCCAAAAGUGGUCAAUUGGUUACUACUCGGACAAGGUCUCUGCCCUCGGUCCUCUCUCGGGCCUUCUUGGCAAGCCCACUGGUAUUUGCAACUACGGUCACUUGAAGUCUGAGGGUGACGCUUCCAUCACACGUGGAGACUUCCUGGCGCCGGAAGACAACUCCAACUGUGCUUCUUACCCAAAGUUCUUCCAGGAGUUGCUCGACCUCGCCAAGGAGCGUACCGGCGGACCCAUCACCUCUCCAGUUCUUGCUGAGCACCAGCACAACCGCAAGUUGCACUCUAUUGCAACCAACCCCAACUAUUUUGCACCUGCCUUUGCCGGAGUAGCCUUCACGCCUGCAGCGCACCACUUUGUCUUCCAGCUUAUGGCCAACCACUCUGCCGAGUACCCUCGUGGUAUUCUCACACCCGAGACUCUCAUGACAUUCUUCUCAUACGAGCGCGAUGCGAACGGUGAGCUCAAGUACACCUACGGACACGACCGAAUCCCAGACAACUGGUACCGUCGUUCGCACCUUGACCCAUGGACCAUGCCUGACAUUCUUACGGCUGUUGCUCAGCAGUGUGCCGCAUACCCUUCGACAUGUCAGGUGGGUGGAAACACAGGUAAGGUCAACAGCUUUGUGGGUGUCGACCUCGGUGACAUCUCUGGUGGUCUGAUGAAUGCUCAGAGCUUCACCGACCCCGCCAUCCUCGGUUGUUUCUUGUCGCAAAACAUCCAGGCAGAGGCUCCUUCCUCGCUGGAGAACGUGUUUGGUGGCGCUCAGCUCUUGCUCGCAAAAUCCAAGAUUUUGACAACCCUCGUGCCUGCCCUUGCAGCACUCGGUACAUGCCCCAACUUGCCAGCUGGUAAGAGUGUCAGCCAGUAUGGCGCGCAAUUCCCUGGUGCCAAGGUACAGAACUCUGGUCCUCGUACUGGUCCUUACGCAUGAGCGUUAUGAACUCCCUUAUGUAGUUGUACAUAGACAACAC